CAUCACUUGCGUCUCCAUCCUGUCCUCUUCUCGCUGAGAAACUUUGCGUCUCCAUUUCCGUCGCGUCGCCGCCGCUCCUCGCGCCUAGGGUUCCUGAUCGCGUCGCUCUGCUCCAAGCUUCAGCCAGCACUUGAGUCUCCUGAUCGCGCUCGACCCCCACUCGGUCCAAUCUCGGGAUCCGUGUCCCGGGAUCCCGGCCGCUGCAGCCGCCCUUGCGGCCUCGCCAUUGAGCAGGAACGAACUGAGGAGAUGGCGAUCGGGCGGGAGCUGACCGACGACCUCAUCGCCGACGUCCUGCGCCGCCUCCCGCCGCGCGGCGUGGCCGUGUCCCGGUGCGUCUGCAGGGCGUGGCGCGACCUCGUCGAUGCGCGCCGGCUGCUGCGCGCGGACCUGCUCCCGCGCUCCGUGGGCGGCAUCUUCAUGAACUACGCCGCGCUCUAUUACCCGGAGUUCUUCUCCCGCCCCACGACGGGCCCCUCGAUCUCCGGCGACCUCGACUUUAUCCCUGGGUUCUCUAAGGUCAUGGACCACUGCAACGGCCUCUUGCUUUGCAGAGAGACCACGGAUGACCAUGACUACGUCUCCAACCCAGCGACGCGGCAGUGGGCACGGCUGCCCCCGCGCCCAACCUCGCAGAUGGGGGAGGCCUUUGACUACAUCGAAUGCCUCGCGUACGAUCCCACUGUGUCGCCACACUACGAGGUGUUCUUGAUCCCUUCCCUCCCUGAUGAGCCCAAGUCAAUGCUUGACUCGGAGAUGGUGAGAUCUGAAUGGCCACCGUCAUCAUACACAAUGCAAGUGUUUUCAUCAAGAACUGGGUGCUGGGAGGAGAGGUCCUUUGUUCUCGAAGGAGGGCGCUGGAAGGAGGGGCGUAUGGUUCAAACCAUCCCUUACAUGAAAGUCUAUUGGCGUGGAGCGCUCUACGUGGCCUGCAAAAUUGGUUUUGUUCUGAGGAUAUCCAUUUCAAAUGCAAAGUACAGAUUGGUUCCGAUGCCAUCAAAUGUAUCAUAUAAGCACCAUGGAUGCCUUUCUUUGGGAAGAUCAGAGAAGGGGGUAUAUUGUGCAUUUGAGCAUGAUUCGCAAGGACUUCGAAUUUUUCUCCUUAAUGAAUCAAGUGAUCAAGUGGGAUGGGAACUGAAGCAUAUUGUUGAUUUUACGUCCUUUGCUCGUAAGUUUCAUGCACGUGGGGACUACAGUGAGCAACUUAAGGGGCCUUGGAUAUUACAGGAUAUCAACUAUUACAAAUAUCCUUAUGACAAUGAUGAACAUAGAGAGAUAGUAGAAGACAACUUUGAAUGGAACUCUGACGAUGAUAACAUUCUCAACACAGAGGAUAUGGCUGAAGGGUUCUAUGAGGGGUAUAUCAGUUUUCUUGGGUUUCAUCCAUAUAAAGAGAUUGUCUUCUUGAAUGCAGCUUUGACGAGAGCAGUAGCUUAUCAUUGGAAUACCUCGAAGUUUCAGGAUUUGGGCAACAUAUAUCCAAAAGAUUACCUUGAAGUUACUCUGCAUUGUGUAAACAUAGAUACUUCUUUCGUAUACACACUAUGCUGGAUGGAGGAUCUCCCACAAAAUAAUUUGGAACCGCGGAUUGAAGAUUAGCGCAAAUGUGUGCAACCUGUGGUUGCAAUGUAUGUAAGACAGAAUAUUCAUGGUUGACUCUCUGUCCCUGUAGUUUGUCUUAUGUUUGUAUACUGAGAAAUAAUCUGAGUGCUCAUCUUCAUUUUCACCUUUUUUUUUUCUUUGGUCUUCUUUGCUUGAUUAUCAUUUGUUUUAGAUCUCUGUAAUAGUGCCAUCAGUUUGUAAAAUUUGCCAAGAUACAUGAAUCAAACGUUUUACCUA